AUGUCCACGAUUACUGCGCUAUCACCUAAUCAGGUGAACGAUGAAUUGCAAAAGAUGCAAGCUUUCAUCAAGAAGGAAGCUGAGGAAAAGGCCAGAGAAAUUGAAUUGAAAGCUCAACAGGAGUAUGAAAUUGAGAAAACUGGUCUUGUACGCAACGAGACCAGUGCCAUUGACAAUAACAUUGCUUCUAGAAUGAAGAAGGCUGCUUUGAAACAACAGAUUGUGAAGUCCACUAUCGCCAAUAAGAUGAGAUUGAAAGUGUUGGGAACAAGAGAAGAAGUGUUGGAUAGCAUCUUCGAGAAGACCAAGGCUGAAUUAAAGCAGAUUUCUUCUAAGAAGGAGGAAUACAAGCCAGUUUUGCAUUCUUUAGUCCUGGAAUCCUUGUUGAAAUUGCUUGAACCAAGUGCUAUCAUCAAGGUUAGAGAAACGGACGUGGAAAUCAUCGAAUCUUUAGUAGAUGAUGUGGCUAAGGAAUACGAGGAAAAAACUGGCAAGCCCAUUAAGAUCGAGCUUUCCAGCUCCUAUUUGAACAAAGACAUUGCUGGUGGUGUCAUUGUUUCCAACGGAAACGGGAGAAUUGAAGUCGAUAACACUUUGGAAGAAAGAUUGAAGUUGUUAAGUGAAGAAUCGUUACCUGCUAUCAGACUAGAAUUGUUCGGCCCAUCUAAGACCAGAAAGUUCUUCGAUUGA